AUGCCACUGGAAAAUCGGUCUACACAUCCUAAUAUGUCCACCAAUAACAGGGGCUUCCACUCAGGCCAAUCUUUCACUCGGCAGCAAAAUACUGGUGGAGAAAAUCGUCAAAAAGGAAAGACACCCCUCCAUUGCACUUACUGCAAUUUAGACAAAAAUACCAUUGAUGUUUGUUAUAAAUUGCAUGAAUAUCCCACUAAAAGACCGCGGAAUUCUUCCAAAAAAUCAAAUUCAGGUUCCUCCUCUUCAGGACUUAAGCCAUCCAAGGACCGAGCGCUAGUAUCUGCUCUCUUGAUUACUCAGGAACAGUACAACAAUACACUGGCCUUGCUUUCAUCGGUAGUCCCAGCCUCAAUGCUAAUCUGGAAGGUAUAA